ACCUGACUCUUCCUCCACUCUUCCUCCAUGCUCAGGGCCAGAGCCUGCAUACCCAACAAGCUCUUCCCUCCUGUGCCUCUCUCCCACAGGUGCCCCUGGGCAGAUCCCUGCAUGGACAGCCCCAGCAAUGCCACCAUGCCCUGCGGCUUUCUCCUUCAAGGCUUCUCCGAGUUCCCGAACCUGAGGCCCCUGCUCUUCCUUUUGCUGCUGGGGGUGCACCUGGCCACCCUGAGCGGGAACCUGCUCAUCCUGGUGGCCGUGGCCUCGAUGCCCAGCCGGCAGCCCAUGCUGCUUUUCCUGUGCCAGCUGUCAGCCAUCGAGCUCUGCUACACGGUGGUAGUCGUGCCCCGCUCCCUGGCCGACCUGAGCACACCGGGCCACAGUAGGGGCAGCCCCAUCUCCUUCUUGGGCUGCGCCUUUCAGAUGCAGAUGUUUGUGGCUCUGGGCGGGGCCGAGUGCUUCCUGCUGGCUGCCAUGGCCUAUGACCGCUACGUGGCCAUCUGCCACCCGCUGCGCUACGCGGCCCUCGUAACCUCAGGGCUGUGCGCGCGGCUGGCCCUGGCUUGCUGCUUCGGGGGACUGGCGGUGUCCGUGGGGCUCACGGUGGCAAUCUUCCACCUGCCGUUCUGCGGCUCCCGCCUGCUGGUACACUUCUUCUGCGACAUCACGGCGCUGCUGCAUCUGGCCUGCACCCGCAGCUAUGCUGACGAGCUGCCCCUGCUGGGCGCCUGCCUGGUGCUGCUGCUGCUGCCCUCGGUGUUCAUCCUGGCCUCCUACGGCGCCAUCGCCGCUGCCCUGUGCCGCCUGCGCUGCCCCAGAGGCCGGGGCAAGGCCGCCUCCACCUGUGCCUCACACCUGGCAGUCACCUUCCUGCACUACGGCUGUGCCACCUUCAUGUACGUGAGGCCCAGGGCCAGCUACUCCCCGCGGCUAGACCGCACCCUGGCGCUGGUCUACACCAACGUCACGCCGCUGCUCUACCCGCUCAUCUACAGCCUGCGCAACCGCGAGAUCACCGCCGCCCUGCGCAGAGUGCUGGGGCGCAGGCGGCCAGGCCAAGCCCCAGAGGGGGAUCUGCGCGAGCUCUGAUGGCAAGCCGGGGCCAGGCAGAGGGGGCAGCUCCACUCCAUAGAGUUUUCCCCAUCGUGAAGGGUCUGCAUGGGGAAAGCCACCAAGGGGACUCAAUGACCGCCUUCAGGAAAGAGAACUCAGAAAUGUCACCAGGACAGCCAUCCGGCGGUUGCCCCAUCCUCCACUCCUCCCUUGAAUGGCCAAGACACUGUGGUGUAGAGCCCUACACCUACAUUUAUUGGCUCCCUAAAUACUUGUUGAGUUUCUUCCCGCGUGUUGGAGCCCAUGCAAGCUGCGGAGCCGGCAGUGAUAAAGAAGGCACAGCUCGUGACCUCAUGACGCUCCUAGACCCAUAGGUGAGAAGGCCAGAUGUGAGGAUUAAACCAGAGGUGGGUGGAGUGGUUCCUAAGACGGGUUACCCAUGCUAGACUUUUUGAGGGCUGAGGGGAGUCAGGGAAAGUGUUUUGGGGAGAACUGUAAGAUAAGUAAGGGUUAACCAGGUGAAGAGAACAAUGCAGAAUGCUCCAAGCAAAAGUGUUUCACAGGGGCUGGGGCAUGUUGGGAAGGACCUUGGAAACAGAUGGGGAGUCUGAAUUCAGGGAGGGGUGUGAUGGCCACCACCAUCGCAUGGUUACUCAGCCUGCAGGGUGGCACAUGGACCAAAGAUGUGAAGACCUGUUCAGGAAACUGUAGGUAUAGUCCGAGAGAGGGGGAGUGGAACCGGCACCAGGGUGUCAGCACAGGGGAUCAAGCCAUUUGAAGAGUCCAGAGGUGUGCUGGAAGUGGGCACAACAGGACCUUCAUUGGAAUGAAGAUGAGGAAGAAAGAGGAGUUAAGGAUCACUUCUCAUCUAGAUUAUUUGGUGGAUAGUGGUGCCAUUGAUGAGAAUACAGGAGCAGGAGCAAGUGGGCAGAAGGGGGUGGUAGAGGGUUCUGUUUUGAAUAUGUCCAGUUGAAAUGCUGCUAAGACAAACCAGUGAAGAUGCUGCUUCAGAAGGCAGACACACCCAUCCAGAGAGAUUAAAGAGCAGAGGAUAGAUUGUAAAUUAUAGUUGGCUGCUGAGACCAUGAAGGUGGGCAAUAUCACCCAGGAAAUUUUAUACAGAAACAAGAAAAGAGGUUCUAGCCAGAGCCCAGAGGAAGGCUAGCAGAAAAGGGAGUGGAGGAAAGGAGCCUCCAGGAGGCUCGAGAGCUGCUCAGGUCCAUGGCCUUUGGCCCUUCCUUCAUCUCUCCAGCCUCAGUGGCCUCAACUAUAAAAUAAGAGCAAGACUCUAUGAUCCGUAAGGUUCCUUCCUGCUCUCUGAUCCCUUAAAAUGGAGCAUGCAAGGAUAUAUGUGGAUCACUAAAAAGGGUACAAGAGGAAAUAACUGUCAAUCUAGUGCCAGGCUUAGUGGCUCAUGCCUGUAAUCUCAGCACUUUUGGGAGGCCGAGGCAGGCAGACCAUGAGGUCAUGAGAUCAAGACCAUCUGGCCAACAUGGUAAAACCCUGACUGUACUAAAAAUACAGAAGUUAGCUGGGCGUGGUGGUGUGCACCUGUAGUCCCAGCUACUCAGGAGACUGAGGCAGGAGAAUUGCUUGAACCCAGGAGACAGAGAUUGCAGUGAGCCAAGAUCAUGCCACUGCACUACAGCCUGGCGACAGAGCAAGACUCCAUCUCAAAAUAAUGAUAAUAAUAAUAAUCUAGUGCCAACUUAAUGCAGGAAGAAUGACAAAUGGGGAACUGAAAUAAUAAUCAGACACAGGUGGCAUUAAUCGGGAAGGUUUGCUGGAUGAGGCUAGGUUGUCUGAAAUGACUUAGAGGCAGUGGUUGAUUUGCCUCGACUUAAAUCAUCUGGAAGUCAACUGAAAGGCCUAUUCACUAAUUUGACUCUGGGUAAUUAAUGUCUGUGAAUGCAGAAAAUCAGACGGCAGACAGUCUAGGCCACAAGCUUUUCUAGACCCUCUUUCCCAUAAGAAGCCUCUUACCUGGGACGUGACAUGAAAAAUGCUUUGUAGAGGUAAUGAGCAUAUAAACUUGCUAUCAGAAUGACUGAUGCUUUUCUCAGGUAACUGAGAUGGUAACACUAAUGGACAGUGACUUUGGGAAAAUAAGCAUGGGACCUUGAACUGCAUACUUUGGCUUUCUUUAUCUCAGUUUGGGGGAAAGAAGCAUAAUACUAAUAAAGCAAUACGCUAGAAAGGUGAAUUGGCAAUAACACUAGAAGACAGAGUAAAGAUGAUGGGGCUAGUAAGGGAUUGUGGCAAAAGUCCACACAUGAGAAUGCAGGGUUCUCAGUCAGAGGUGUGUCUAGGAUGCAGAAGGAAAAGGAGGAAUGAGGCAGGAUGUGGUGAAGACAUUAGCACAAACCAAGUGGGAAUGAAAAUAUAGUGAUUUAGAAUAAUCUUGAGCAUUCACCUUAAGAUAUGCACCAAGGCGUCAUAUGCAUUAAAGAUUUAAAUGUAAAAUAUAAAAUAAUUUUUUAAAUCUCAAAAAAUAUAUAUUAAAAAUAAAAGUAUAACUUGUCUCCAAAUGAGGAGAGAUAUCUAAGCACGAAGGCAACAAGAGUUAUGGGGGAAAAAUGUCAACUAAGUUUGAUUGCAGAAAAAUUUAAUUCUUGUGUUUAUUAAAAAGUGUAUGUUGGGGGCCAGGCGCGGUGGCUCACGUCUGUAAUCCCAGCACUUUGGGAGGCUGAGGCAGGUGGAUCACGAGGUCAAGAGAUCGAGACCAUCCUGGUCAACAUGGUGAAACCCCGUCUCUACUAAAAAUACAAAAAAUUAGCUGGGCAUGAUGGCGUGUGCCUGUAAUCCCAGCUACUCAGGAGGCUGAGGCAGGAGAAUUGCCUGAACUCAGGAGGCGGAUGUUGCGGUGAGCCGAGAUCACGCCAUUGCACUCCAGCCUGGGUAACAAGAGCGAAACUCUGUCUCAAAAAAAAAAAGUAUAUGUUGGCUGGCUACAUUGGCUCACAACUGUAAUUCCAGCACUUUGGGAGGCCAAAGAGGGCAGAUCAUGAGGUCAGGAGUUCGAGACCACCCUAACCAACAUGAUGAAACCCCAUCUCCACUAAAAAUACAAAAAUUAACUGGGCUUGGUGGCAGGCACCCUUAAUUCCAGCUACUUGGGAGGCUGAGGCAGGAAAAUUGCUUGAACCUGGGAGGCGGAGGUUGCAGUGAGCUGAUAUUGCACCACUGCACUACAGCCUGGGUGACACAGCAAGACUCCAUCUGAGAAAAAAAAAGGGUAUAUGUUGCCAGGCAUGGUGGCAUGUCCCUGUAGUCCCAGCUACUCAAAAGUCUGUGUGAGAGAAUUGUAUGAGGCCAGGAGUUUAAAGCCAGCCUGGGCAACAUAGUAAGACACUAUCUCAAAAAAAAAAAAAAAGAAAAGAUAAAUAAUAUAUGAUGUGUAAAAUUCACAGACACACACACACACACACACAAGGUCCUGUAGUGUCCACUUUUAUAUGUAUAUAAAAUAAAAGCAAGUGACAAACUGGAGAUUCCAACAAAUAUAACAAUAAAAUGGCUAGUGUAAUCAUUCUUACCCAAAAAAAAAAGAAAAAGAUGAACACCACAAUUUUAAAACUGGGUAGUUGGGUACGGUGGCUCACACAUGUAAUCCCAGCAUUUUGGGAGGCUGAGGCAAGUAGAUCACAAAGUUAGGAGUUCAAGACCAGCCUGGCCAAGAUGGUAAAACCCCAUCUCUACUAAAAAUACAAUUGGCCGGCGCAGUGGCUCAUGCCUGUAAUCCCAGCUCUUUGGGAGACUGAGACAGUCGAUCACAAGGUCAGGGGUUCAAGACCAGCCUGGCCAACCAACCCAUCUCUACUAAAAAUACAAAAAAUUAGCUGGGCAUGGUGGCAGAGCACCUGUAAUCCCACCUACAUGGGAGGGUAAGGCAGGAGAAUUGUUUGAACCUCAGGGGCAGAGGUUGCAGUGAGCCAAGAUUGCGCCACUGCAUUCCAGCCUUGGCAACAGAGUGAGACUUCACCUCAAAAAAAAAAAAAAAAAAUAGGUAAGUGAUAAAUAAUUUACAGGAUGACUUUAUAAAAUAUUUUUAAAUUUCAACUUCAUUUGUAACAAAAAAUUCAGACAAUAAAGUAUAAUUUGGUUCCUAUCAAACUUACAAAUAAUUCCUCAAACAAUUUUCAGUGUCAGCAAAGUUAGGAUGUGAAGACCACUCUUAGGUGGCCUCUAUAAGACAGUCUUUGAGAAGCUCCAUUCUUUCUUUUAAAUCAUAGUCCUAAGUAUUGUCCUCUCAGAUCCACUAAUUCCAUUUCUUGAAGUUUAUACUGAGGAAAUAAUCAGAGACAUGGAUAAAUAUUUUUGUAAGGGACAUGUGUUACUCCAUUCUCAUGCUGCUAAUAAAGUCAUACCCAAGACUGGAUAAUAAUAAAGGAAAGGGGUUUAAUCAAUUCACAGUUUCACAUGCGUGGGGAGGCUGUACAAUCAUGGUGGAAGUGAAUGUGGAGCAAAGUCACGUCUUACAUAGAGACAGGCAAGGAGAAUGAGAGCCAAGUGAAGGGGAAAUCCCUUAUAAAACCAUCAGAACUCAUGAAACGUAUUCACUACUCUGAGAACAGUAUGGGGGAAACCGACCCCAUGAUUUAAUUAUCUCCCACUUGGUCCCUCUCACAACAUAUAGGAAUUAUGGGAGCUACAAUUCAAGAUGAGAUUUGGGUGGGGACACAGCCUAACCAUAUCAGGACAUUAACUGCAGUAUUCUAAUAUUAGUAAAAAAACGCAAAGCAAUGUAGAGGUCCAUUAUUGGGAUAAUAAUUAAAUAAAUAUGAUGGAACCCUUAAAAUAUAUGUAGCAAAGGUGUUUCAUGAUUUAUUUUUGACCUGAUAAAAUAUUCAUGAUGUAGUGCUGAAUAAAACUUUCAAGAAGUAGAACUGAUGAUCCCCCCCCAAAAAAAAGUACAUGUAUGUACACAUAUACACAAAUACAUAAAAGACUAGAUUUUUUAAAACACCAAAAAUGUUAAUAAUUUCCAUCUCUAUGUGAUAAGAUUAUGGGUAAUUUUAUUUUCUUCAGUGCAAAUUUUUCAAAUUUCCCAUAAUUAUUUUCAAUGUAUAUUACUUUUAUAUAUUUUUUAAAUUAUAAUUUUUUGCUGGAGCCCUGUCAAUGAAUCAGAGACUUUUUCUUAUCCCCAGGAUACAGGUCUGAAUCUCACCUUCCUGAAAACUCUCUUCUCACCAAUAACUCUGGACUUAAGUGAAGGGGAACUAGAGGGAGCUUUAGAGGAGUGGCUAUAUGUAUGUGGUAUAAGAAUAGCAUUAUACAAAGUAUUUUAAUUCCCCAGCAGCUUGAAGAAAACAUUACUGUCAUUGAUAAAGUAAAGAGACAUUAAGAGGAAGAAUAACAAUCCACACUGUCUUGUAAAAAUUAGUGAGCAAAUAAAUUCAUUUGAUGUAACUGUUUCUAAACAACGUUACACUGACAUAUCCUAGUAUGUUAAAGAGUGCAAACUGCACAAAACUGAAGUACACAUGUACGUUACACUAGGAAAAUUCCAGAAUGUAUUUAUUCAUCCAUAUUUGCAAUUACUACAUGUUAUGAGUUCCAUUCCAAGAACUAGACAGUUAAGGACUCAACAGUGAUAAAGAUGCCACUAUGUUCCUAGCACCUAUCCAAAUUAUUGAAGAAAUGCAGGUAAGGUUUAUACGGAGUUUGAAAAUCUGGGAGAUUCAGGCAAAUAAAUAGGCAAUUGCAUUGCUGUUAAGUAAAUAGUAAGAAGGGAGGAAAUAUAACAUUAUGCAGAAAAAAACAGCCAAAACUUGGGUAGUGGAAGCAUCAGGAAAAGCUUAUAAAAUAAGUAAGGUGUAAGAUCUAAAGUCAAGUGGAAAUAUCUAGAGCCAGACAAAGAAAGUUGAAAGAGGAGAGUCCAGGCAGAGGGAACAGCAUGUGCAAAUGCUCCAAGGCAAAGAGAACAUGGAAACUAGUCAGUAUGAUAGGUUCUUAUUGGUAGUGAUGAAGUGGUCAGGAGAGAUGCCGUGUGUGUUGCAAAUAUUAAGAGGUUGUAGGCCGGGCACACUGGCUCACUACUGUAAUCUCAGGACUUUGGGAGGAAGGAGGGUGGGUCUCCUGAGGUCAGGAGUUCGAGACCAGCCUGGCCAAAGUGGUGAAACCUCAUCUCUAUGAAAAAUACAAAAAUUAGCCAGGCAUGGUGGCACAUGCCUGUAAUCCCAGCUACUUGGGAGGCUGAGAUAGGAGAAUCACUUGAAUGUGGGAAGUGGAGGUUGCAGUGAGCUGAGAUCAUGUCAUUGCACUCCAGCCCGGGCAACAAGAGCAAAACUCUGUCUAAAAAAGAAAAAAGAGGCUGUGCUAGAGAAACAAAUAGAAAUCAGAUCUUGCAAGCCUUGUAAGGGAUGACAGAUAGCUUUCUGUCCUGGAAAAGAUGACAGAUUGGGCUCACUGAGAUGGAGAGCACAAGGAAAGCAACCAGUGUGAGGGAAGAACAAGGUGGACGUGAUGAGUUCACUGUUGAUCAUGUUGACAAGGGGUGGCAGAGUCAGCAGCCAGAUGUGUGUCAGAAGAAUCUGGGUAGAGAAAUGCCCUUGUCAGAGACUGGCAUGGCUGGUAGAAGUCACCAUGAGAGAGACUGGCAUGGCUGAUGGAAGUCACCAGCAUGUUAGAGACUGGCAUGGCUGAUAGAAGUCACCAGCAUGUUAGAGACUGGCAUGGCUGGUAGAAGUCACCACGUUAGAGACUGGCAUGGCUGAUAGAAGUCACCAGCAUGUUAGAGACUGGCAUGGCUGAUAGAAGUCACCACGUUAGAGACUGGCAUGGCUGAUAGAAGUCACCACGUUAGAGACUGACAUGGCAGAUAGAAGUCACCACGUUAGAGACUGGCAUGGCUGAUAGAAGUCACCAGCAUGUUAGAGACUGGCAUGGCUGAUAGAAGUCACCAGCAUGUUAGAGACUGGCAUGGCUGGUAGAAGUC